CUCUCCUUUUCUCUCACUAAACCUGCUCAUCACAAUCAAAAACCCAGAAAGAAAAACAGAGUUUUAUUUCGAAUUCCAAGAAAAAAGAGAGAGAAAUGGAGUUGGAUUUGUCCCCAAAAUUGUCAAAGAAGGUUUAUGGAGGAGAAGGUGGGUCCUACUAUUCAUGGAGCCCUUCUGAACUUCCCAUGCUUAAAGAAGGCAACAUCGCUGCUGCUAAACUUUCUCUAGAGAAGUACGGAUUUGCUCUUCCUCGUUACUCUGAUUCCUCUAAAGUUGCUUAUGUUCUUCAAGGUGAAGGAGUAGCUGGAAUAGUUCUCCCUGAGCAAGAGGAGAAGGUGAUUGCAAUCAAGAAGGGAGAUGCAAUUGCACUUCCUUUUGGUGUUGUUACCUGGUGGUACAACAAACAGGAUACAGAACUUACCGUCCUCUUUUUGGGUGAAACCUCUAAGGCACACAAGCGCGGUGAAUUCACUGAUUUCUUCCUAACUGGUCCAAAUGGAAUCUUUACUGGAUUUACAACCGAGUUUGUAAGCCGGGCAUGGGACUUGCCUGAAGAUGUAGUCAAGACCCUAGUUGGUAACCAAUCCUCCAAGGGUAUAGUCAAGCUUAGUGAAUCACACAAGAUGCCUGAACCCAAAAAGGAACACCGUGAUGGAAUGGCAUUGAACUGUGAAGAAGCUCCAUUAGAUGUUGACAUCAAGAAUGGUGGAAGGGUGGUGGUAUUGAACACUAAGAACUUGCCUUUGGUAGGUGAGGUUGGACUUGGUGCUGACCUUGUUAACCUCAAUGGAAAAGCUAUGUGUUCUCCUGGUUUCUCCUGUGACUCUGCCCUUCAAGUGACUUACAUUGUCCGAGGAAGUGGUCGAGUUCAAGUGGUUGGGGUUGAUGGUAAGAGGGUGUUGGAGACCACAAUCACAGCUGGAAAUUUGUUCAUAGUGCCAAGGUUCUUUGUGGUUUCUAAGAUUGCUGAUGAUGAAGGAUUGGAAUGGUUUUCUAUCAUCUCUACACCAAAUCCUGUAUUCACACACUUGGCUGGGAAGACUUCAGUGUGGAAGGCAUUAUCACCACAAGUGUUGGAAGCAGCUUUCAAGGUCCCUACAGAAACUGAGCAGCAUUUCCGCUCCACCAGGACUUCUGAUGAAAUCUUCUUCCCUCCACCAAAUUAACAAGAUAGAUACUGGAUACUCUUACAAACAAUUUGUUAGAAUAAGCGAUUUUCGCAUAAUAGGGGUACUUUUGAUUUUAUUAUUGAGAUUUGAGAAUGUGUGAUUAUUAGAAUAAGGCAUAAUAGAUUUUAGUAUUAAGAAUGUGUUUCGAAUGUUCAAUGAGAAACUACAGGUUUUUUCGUUUA